GUGCGUGGCAUAUUAUAUUGUGGUAGCUUUGGUUUCUGUGGCGUGUGCUGCUACACUAGGACUAAGUUAGACUUAACUCUGGUCACCAGUCACCGACCAAAAUAAACGUCGUUCACAUGGCACAUGCAGCAGUUAGUGAUUGUAGGAAAAUGCUGCGCAACCGAGUGUGAAGUCGACUAGCAGCCUCUCCAAAUGACUUUUAUCCCCUUGAGUGCUUCCAUGGCGCUCAUGGGUCGCUCGGAACUUUUAGCAACCGAGGGCUCCACUGAGAAUCUGAGUAACAAGUCCAUUCUUCAACACCUCUACUUUAUCAUUGCUGUCACUGCAUUGAUGCUCUUGGUGGCAGCAAGGAUAUGUGUCUUGCGAAGGAGAAACCGACCUCUCACAGAAUUCUUCUCUAUCAAGACAUCAAAUUUUUACGACAACUCUCAAGCUCCUGGAGAAGACUAUACAUUCAGUUCUUCAUAUCAGCCCUCUCGUCGGAUGCACCACCAUCUUACUCCUCUCCCAUCGGCUCAUCGCCCCGAUCGCAGAAUCCGCCCCGAUCGUAGAGUCAAUGCUGCGGAUAUUGAUUCUGCUGGGCGCAGAACUGGAGGGCCUGAUGAUCCAGAUUGGGAUGGGAAAGAUAUACUUCCUGCCUACAAUAUAUAUGAUCGCCCUCCCAAGUACGAGUUCGGUGGAUCAGUGCCUCCCGUUCAAGAAUGUACACCACCCGCUGUCAGUCACCCACCCGACGACGCAGUUGUGGAAAGCACUGGAGCCAUUCCUGCUGUAGAAGAUUAAUCCUUGGUUUCUGUAAGGACUGGUGGUCGCUCUGAUGGGAAUGAUUUCGUGUUGCACCAUGAAUAUCCACAGGCACCUGGCUAAUGUUAUGAUUUGUAAUCGUUACAGUGCCGCACAGACUCUGUACUUUAGCUUUAGCUAUACUUAACUACCAGAUGCCCUUUCCGGUUUCUCUAACACGAUUCUGCGGGUUGUAAUACAUCACUGACUUCUUCUGUUCUGAACCUUGGCCAUAUUAUUACACCUGAUGCUUGAAGGAGUGCCAGUUAGAUUCAGCUUGAG